AUGGUGGUCCAUAUUUUAGGGAAAGGUUUCAAGGGAAAAGAAGUGAUUAAGAUUGCACUAGCAUCAAAAUUCUAUGGUAUUGGUGAGAAGACCGCUGAGAGAAUCUGUUCAAAGCUAGGAUUCUACCCUUGGAUGAGAAUGCACCAACUCACGGAACCACAAGUUAUGGCUAUAACAAGUGAGUUAUCAAAUAUGACAAUUGAAGGUGAUGCUCGUGCUGUGGUGAAGGAAAACAUCGCAUUGAAGAGAAAGAUUGGAUCGUAUGAAGGUAUGAGACAUGCACUAGGUUUGCCAGUUCGUGGUCAACGUACCAGAAACAACGCUAAGAUUGCUAAAAGGUUAAACAAGGUCGACAGAAGAGGAUAUCAUACACAAGCAAGUCCAAGCAUACUAGAUCAAGUACAGGCUUUAUAA